AUGGGAGCCGGAUACUCAAACUUGGUCAAGAAUUAUUACAAUGACGAAUCCGAAACAGAACUUCACCCUGACCAGUACCAUCCUUCUUCAGAGAACGAGGUGUUGCAUGUCCAACAAACAAUGAUGAACUUUGUUCCAGUUGAGCUGGCGGACCUCAUCGUUGACUAUGCUCAAUAUUGGCCACGACUUGCGUCUUGCAGAGAGGCCAAUCCACCUAUCACAAUCAACUCGACGAGCGGCUCGGGUGGCGUGCUCAACGAUGCGUAUCAAUUCUACCUCGUAACUGACCGACCUAUACCUGAAUGGAGUGACUCCAAUCUCAAAGUGGUGCGGAAGGUGAGGAAGGUGGUGUUCAGGAUUUGGAGCCAUGAUCAAGGAUGGGGAGGCGAUGAUGGAUUAGUAGGUAACUAUGAGGGAUCGUGGACGUGGUUUGAGGCUGCGAUAUGGCGGGGCGAAGAACAACCAUUUUUGGUCCAUCGCCCAGAAUCUUCAAAUUUAUCGGUACCCGCGACUCACCAGGAUGAUUUAAAUCCUGACACUUCGAAAGUAUGGCAUUUGCAGAGUAAUAUACGUGCUUCGGCGAAAGAAGCCUUCCACGAGGUUGUUUGGACGGACGUGGAGGACUGGACGGUGAACUCUUGGGGAGAGACUGGGAGUGGCGAUGGUAGGGGGUUCGUGCGGUUACUUCAGCCUGGCGAUAAAAUUGCUGUGAUUGCGAGGGCGAGGUAUCCCGGAUGGGUGAACCACGUUCGGAGAGUUGAGGUCGAAAUCUUUUACUCUCUUUGA